ACGUCAGAGAAGCCGACAACUCAAACACCGUGCGCCUUUCCUUCCAAACAUAUCGAUCUCUGUAAUCCACCAUUUUUAAUACUCAAUUAUUUUCGCGGCUAUAUAUAAGCGUCCAUGGAAGGCCAACCAAGCUAGAGACUAGAAAGGAAAAGGCUCAAGAACAAGAGCUAGCUAGAAACACUGCUCACAAAUCUCAGGUCGAUCGAUCAUCUCUAUCUGAUCAUGGAAGACGCAAACAGAAUCAAAGAGGCAAGCAACGAAGCAAGGAUUGCCAUACUGGAGCUUGCCAACAUGAUCAGCGUCCCUAUGUCCCUAAACGCCGUCGUCCGUCUCAACGUCGCCGACGCCAUCUGGCAAAAGGGUUCCAACACUCCCCUCUCUGCCUCUCAGAUCCUCGAACGUGUUCUCCCCACCGGCAGUGGUGACGCCGAGAACCUCCAGCGCAUCCUCCGCAUGCUCACCAGCUACGGUGUGUUCUCCGAGCACUUCAACGCCGAUGGCUCCGAGAGAAAGUUCUCUCUCACUGAGGUCGGGCAAACCCUAGUCACCAAUCAAGAUGGCCUCUCCUAUGGGGACUAUGUCCUCCAGCACCACCAGGAUGUGCUAAUGGGGGCAUGGCCGCUGGUGCACGAGGCGGUGAUUGACCCCUCGGUGGAGCCGUUUGUGAAGGCAAACGGCGAGCCGGCGUACCAGUACUACGGGAAGAGGCCGGAGAUGAACGGGUUGAUGCAGAAGGCAAUGUCGGGAGUAUCUGUGCCGUUCAUAAAGGCGGUAUUAGACGGCUACGAUGGUUUUCAGGGGGUGACGAGACUGGUGGAUGUGGGUGGGAGUGCCGGAGAUUGCCUGAAAAUGAUCAUGGACAGAUAUCCUAAUGUAAGGGAAGGCAUUAACUUUGAUCUACCUGAGGUAGUUGCCAAGGCCCCAACUAUUGCCGGAGUGACUCAUGUUGGUGGUGACAUGUUCAAGUCUAUUCCUAGUGCUGAUGUUAUCUUCAUGAAGUGGAUUUUAUCAACAUGGACAGAUUGCGAGUGCAAGCUGAUACUGGAGAACUGUUACAAGGCACUUCCUGCAGGAGGAAAACUGAUCGCUUGUGAGCCGGUGGUUCCGAGAAAAUCAGAUGACAGCCAUAGAACUCGUGCUCUUUUAGAGAAUGACAUAUUCGUGAUGACUAUAUAUCGCACCAAGGGCAAGAACAGGACCGAAGAAGAACUCCGGCAGCUCGGUCACUCCGCCGGCUUCUCUCAUUUCCGACCAAUCUAUAUUGAUUACUUUUAUACCGUCUUAGAAUUCCAAAAGUGAGUUUUGAUUGCUAUUUAGUCAUAUAAUAACAAUGUCAGAUUUCGGUCAUGACGAACACAUAAUAAUAUUUUGAGUCUUACGUUUAAGAGGGUAAACCAAUUGAAACUGUCAGACAACUUAUAAUGGUUAUGAAUCAUAGCCUUGUUGAGUUAUAUAUGCA